AUGCUCCAGCUGAUCAACACGCCGGACAAUGACUUCUCCGGGCUGUUUGACUUGCCGUUCGGUGCCCCCGACAGCACCGUGACCCCAGGGCUCUCCCCAGCCCAGGGCACCCUCGGCACCUACCUGGGGCCCAGCAAGCCUCCCCCCGCCGCUCCCACCGGCAGCGUCUACCCGGGGCCCCCCGGGAUGGCAGCCUUUGCUCCGCAGCCCCCGACCCCGCUCCUGCCAGCACCGGCUCCGGGUGUCAAGGAGGAGCCAGCGGCCGUGCCCAGCAGCCAGCCCCAGUCCGGCGUGUUGCUGGCCCCCAGUUUCGUCCCCGCAUCCUCUGGCCAGUUCAGCCCCCAGCCCUUGGUGGGCUACCAGAACCAGCACAGCUUCUCCGCCGUGCAGCCCGGGGGUGUCCUACUGCAGCCCCAUUUCAUCAAGGCUGACUCCCUGCUGCUGACGGCCGUCAAGACGGACGCCAGCAGUGCCAAGACCUCCAGUAUCGCCUCCCUGGCCACCAGUGCCAGCGGCUCUGCCACCCCACUGCAGGUGCCGGCUCUGGUGAGCGGAGGGACCAUCCUGGCCACGGUGCCGCUGGUGGUGGACACAGAGAAGCUGCCCAUCAACCGGCUGGCACCCAGCGGGAAGCCGCCACUGGUGCAGAGCCGGGGGGAGAAGCGCACGGCUCACAAUGCCAUCGAAAAACGCUACCGCUCCUCCAUCAACGACAAGAUCGUGGAGCUCAAGGACUUGGUGGUGGGCACCGAGGCCAAGCUCAAUAAAUCGGCGAUCCUGAGGAAGGCGAUCGAGUACAUCCGCUUCCUGCAGCAGAGCAACCAGAAGCUGAAGCAGGAGAACCUCGCGCUGAAGAUGGCCGUGCAGAAGAACCAGUCCCUGAAGGACCUGGUGGCCUCCUGCAGUGGGGGGGCCAAGGCGGAGACCCCCAUGGAGGUGGUGAAGGCGGAGGUGAUGGAGAUGCUGACGCCGCCGCCCUCGGACGUGGGCUCGCCGUCCCACAGCAGCCCGCUCUCGCUCAGCGGGGGUAGCAGCAACAGCAGCAGCGACUCGGAGCCUGACAGCCCCCUCUGCGACCAUGGCAAGGUGAAGCAGGAGCACCCGCCACCCUCGCCCAGCAGCCAGGGCAUGCUGGACCGCUCCCGCAUGGCCCUUUGCGCCUUCGUCUUCCUCUGUCUCUCCUUCAACCCCCUGGCCUCCCUCCUCCGGGGCUCCGGUGCCCCGGCCUUUGUGGGGAGCCCGGGCACCGCUGGCCCCAGCAGGAGCAUCAUGGCUGAGUCUGGCACCAUGGAGGAGCCGUGGGGGUGGUCGCAGUGGCUGUGGCCCACCCUGGUCUUCUGGGCUCUGAACGCGGCGCUGGUGCUGGGGGCGGUGGUGCGGCUCUUCGUUUGCGGGGAGCCCGUCACCCGCCCCCACUCCGAGCCCUCCGUCCUCUUCUGGCGGCACCGCCGGCAGGCAGACCUCGACCUCGACCGGUGCCACCCCUUGGGCCACCGCUUCUUCGUUGACGGGGACUGGGCCGUCAAGGGCGUCCCGAGGGAGACCAUCUACAGCUCUGCCGGCAACCCUGUGGAUCCGCUGGCACAGGUGACCCAGCUUUUCCGCGAACACCUCCUGGAGAAGGCACUGUGCUGCGUGGCCAUGCCCGAACCCGGCCGCCCCGCUGCCCAGGGAGAGGGGCGCUUCUCCGAUGCGCUCGAGUACCUCCAGCUGCUCAACGGCUGCUCUGACGCCAGCGGUGCGCCCGGUCCCGCACCCUCCAUCAGCUCCGGCUUGGCGGCCAUCACAGGCACCGACCCCGUGUCCAAGUGGUGGGCGUCCAUCAUUGGCACAGUUAUUCACUGGCUGCAGGGAGAUGAGGAGGGGGCCGAGCGCCUUUACCCGCUGGUGGAGACCAUGCCCCGGGCGCUGCAGAGCUCUGAAAAGCCCUUGCCCCGCGCCGCCCUGCACUCCUUCCGAGCCGUCCGAGCCAUGUUGAGCAAGCAAGAUGGGAGCCAGGCCAGCCUGAACCACUGCGAGAAGGCCAGCAGCUGCCUGCGGGAGAGCCUGGAGCUCGGCAGCCCCCCCAAAGGCACCAUCGAUAAGGUGAGCCGGGGCUAA